AUGGAGCAAGUUCACGGCGUCGAUGUCAGCUGGAUGACGAAAGCGUCACCAAAAGACAAGGCAAGCAGGACGUUUACUCCCCUUCCAAAGCACACGCCAGCUCCCGCACAGCCGCGUAUCAUUCCACAGUCGUCGCCAGACCCCCGUAGUCCUCAAGGAACUCUCGACACCAAGAGCGCGCCUUUGAGGCAGAACGGACAAUCGGCACCCGGUCCCUCUACUGGUCCUGGUACCACAAAGCGACUGUCACGAUCAGGUUCAACAGAAAACAAACCCCUUCCAGGCGGAACCUCCCCGCAAAACCGCAGAAAUUCGUGGUUUUCCAACAUUUCUGCAAAGUUCUCUAGCUCGGCGAGUCCGCCUCCAAAUACCUCACCCAACCAGCACCACUACCUGCAUCCUCUCCAUCCCAAUGAGACACAGCAGCAGCGCAGCGUGGACCAAGCAUCGCCUCCAGCGCAGCCUCAAGCACAGGCGUUGUCCUCUGCCGACGAUGCUGUCGAACCGCUCCCUCCAAAGCUAAAUCCGACCAGAAACGCUGUCCUGCAACAUGCGGCCACGAAGCCAGACGGCAACAGCCCAUACACGCCGGCUCCACCUAGAACUGGCCAGGCCGGGUUUCUCGGCGUAUUUCGACGUCUUUCGUCAUCGGGAGGCAGUGCCAUGACCAACGGGAAGCUGGGACACGGCUUGGUGGAGCGCAAAGUGCUCAAUGUCGACCAAAACCGCGAGAGAUGUCGAAUCUCGGAGCUGAAGGAGGCCAGACUAAGGCGGGUUUCUUUCUGUGUCGACGUCGAAAUAGCACCCAUGCCAAAGUACGCCGACGGGGAGAUUCAACAACAGACUUCAAUAGCGGAGAAGGCGCAGAAGAAGAAAUUCACAGAAAAGGGUGAAGGCAGCGCGUUGAAGAACAACCCCCGGGCAGUGGAAACCAAGGAUGAAGCUGAAGAAGCGACCCUCAGCAGCAGCAACGCUAUCGCGGACCCUGCAUUUGAACCGGUCGAUCACUCAGCCGGAGCCGAUGGUGCCAAUGCUAACGGACCGGCCUCCACCCGCGUCGACCAAGCCAAGGAGACGAAUAAAAAGAAGGAAAAGAAGAAGCGAAGCGAGGAGGAGCGCAAGGCUAGGAAAGAGAAGCGUCGCAGGCUCGCCGAAGACAACGGCUCCGUCCCGAUGGAGAUUCGAUAUGACAGUAGUGAUUCUUCAUCCAACGCUCGCAGCGACAAUGCGACGCCAAGGUCUUCGCCCCACCCGACGACCAAUCCGGCAAGAAUAUACCGUCGUUGCUGUCAGCUGCGCGAGACGCCGGUUCUUAAGAAGAUUACCGAGCAGUUAUUGGACAGCAGCAACAGCAGUAUAUCAGCAGGCGUAGUAACGCGACUGGAUCUGACGGAUUACCACCUGCAACUCCCGGAUGUGAUUACUCUCGGCGACUACCUUGCCGUGGUCCCAGUCAAGGAGGUCCUUUUGGAGAACUGCGGGCUGGGUGACGAGGGUCUGAGGGUCAUUCUUGCUAGCCUGUUGGCCGCCAAGAUGCCUCUGGCCUCGGGUCGGAAGAAGCCAAAGAAGGAUCCGUCAGAGACCACGCAGGCUGGCGUCAUUGAGCGCCUCGUCAUCAAGAACAACAAUUUGGGACCCGAUGGUUGGAAGCACAUUUCACUGUUUCUCUACAAAUGCCGAUCCCUCAAGAGCCUCGAUAUCUCACUCAUUCCCUUCCCACGACAAGCCCCCGCCGCGAAAGGCGGUUGUCUUGCGAAUGGGAUGCAGAUCCCCCGAACAAUUUCCGACGUCUUCUCCACGGCCAUUGCCGAGCGAGUCGGUGGCUCGACCUUGGAAAUGGUAAACAUGGGGGAGACGGAACCAAGCAUGGACCAGCUUGGCACCAUCCUGGAAGGCAUGAUCAAGUGUGGUGUUCGACGACUUGGGCUGGCUCACAACUCUCUUGACGUCGAGGGCAUCAAGCAUGUGGUCAAGUAUCUGAACGCGGGAGUAUGCGAGGGUUUUGAUCUUGGCGGGAACGACCUCAAUGAGCAUGUCGAAGCCCUGGCAGGCUGCUUGAACGACGACCACCCGAUUUGGGCUCUAAGCCUGGCCAGCUGCAACCUGUCGCCCUCUUCUCUCGGCAAGCUCCUACCGGCGCUGUCAAGGCUAAAGAACUUUCGGUUUAUCGACCUCUCCCAUAAUCAUGAUUUGUUUCAGUGCAAGCCCAGCGCUCUUGGUCUUUUGAGAAGAUACCUUCCCAAGCUUGGGCAGCUGAAGAGAUUUCACUUGAGGGACGUCAAUAUGAGCUCUGAACAAGCCAUCGCGCUUGUUGAAAUCCUACCUGAAGUGCGCAAUUUGGCGCAUAUUGACCUACUAGGGAAUGCCGAGCUGGCAAAGCUUGCAAGUGCAAAGACGGAGGAAGCGCAAGAAGAAGCUUGCGCCUUGUAUGCCUCCCUCAUGGCUGCGGCAAGAAUCUCAAACAGCUUGAUUUGCGUGGAUAUCGAGGUCCCCAAGGAAGAGUCUGGAGAGAUUGUCAAGGCAAUGGCAAAGCAGGUAGUGGCAUACUGUCUUCGCAACAUGGAGCGCAUUCCCGACACAGACAUGGGCGCAGGGGUAGCCCACGUCAUGGUGUCUGAAGGCAGGGCGGAGGCUCCAGACAGCAAAGCACCGGCUUAUCCCGGGGUGCUGGCUGGCAUUGUCGGAGACGAUGUGCUUCAGCAAGACGGGGCAGAAGAUGUGCACGAGGAAGCUCCCGACGAAGAUUACGUCAUUGGAGGCACAGGUGUGGUCAAGGCGCUGGCGUGCUGCCUCAAGAACAGGGCGGACGAAGACUUGCAUCGUCAAGCCGGGGAUUCGGCCAACACGGCAGAGGCAGGGGCGGAGGCUGAGGCUGAGGCUGAGGCUGAGGCAGAGGCUGAGGGCGACUCGGCGGCGCUUGAGAAGAGGAGGCUGCACAGCAGCGGCAAGGCAAAGGACAUGUCCAAGCACCUUCUGGCAGGGGCUCGAAAGAUACGUCGGCGCCUGCAGCCAGCGCUCCUAAAGGCCAGAUGCGAAGGAGGCGACGAGAUGAACCUGCGCAAGCUCACGUUCCUGGACGAGACGCUGCAAGGAAUCAUCAAGCGGUUCGAGGACGAGUUUCCCGACACGCGCGAGCCAGGAGCAGAGGAGAAGACGGCGGCGGGCAGCAGCAGCGACGGGCUGCGCAAGACUUGGUCGGCGUCGAGCGAGGAAGCCGGGGCCAAGACGGCAGCAGGGGAGGACUCGGCGGUGGCGGUGUCGGACGGCGAGGACGAAUCACAGAUUCACCCUCCCAAGACGCUCUCACGGUCCAACUCGACGCUGUCGCGGGAGCUGGCCGAGGAAGAGGGCAGGGUGCUCCGCGCAGGACACCGGUUCCGGUCGGGGCUGGUCGGCAAGGAGCAGCUGGACAUGAUCAACACGAUGGACGACGUCGGGGCCAACUCGAAGCACGCGCAGAUGCUGGAGGAGCUGGCGGAGGACCUGGGCGGCGAGUUUCUCGACAAGGUCAAGGAGAAGGGGGCGGCGCGGGCGUUCAAGGAGGACAAGGACGCGCUCUUCCGCGGCAUGCGCGACAGCGAUCCGGAUUACUGGAGCAGGUUUCUGGAGUCGCAGCAAAAAGCACGGGCCAACAUUACGGCAGCGGCGCCGGACAAGAACGGCGCGGAGGGGACGGGCUCGCAAGUUGUGGACGAGAGUGCCAUUGCCGAUUGA